CAAAUGAAAAGGAGAAUUUUGGGAGAACUGUUCGAGAACAAGAUGGCUGUUCUGGGGCAAGAAACUGUUUUUUGUUUUUUUACUUAAUAACGGCAUUUUUGUGCGGUGGUCUUUCUAAUGCAUAUAUCUAACAGCGCAUACGGCACACAAGACACUUUUUCUAACUAAAGAUAGAAAUUUUCCGACUGAAUUUCCUCGCUCGAGGAAAGUUUUCUAACGGGUUUGUCGUUGAGGGCGACACUUUAAGCAGUUGGCAAUGAUGAGCUGGAUGCCGUCACUAUACGAACUCUCGCAUGAAUUUUAUAGCAUACCGUUUAAACUGGCUGUUUAGUUUUUGAUUUGGCAAAGUUUCAUAAGCUUUUAGAUGUAUUUAUGAGUUGUACAACUGAGUUGAUGACUUUAAAACGAAACGCUGGCGAUGCUCCAGCCGUCCUAACUUUAACCGUCUUCUUUGGGGUAACUGUAACAUUUUAGAUGCUUCGCACUCUAUAAAAAAGCUAACUUGACCAUGAGUUCAUCUCGAGUCAGACCCCAGCAACUAUCGCAGAACCAGAAUGGCAGGUCAACCCACAGACUUAACUCCAGUGAGGGGAUAGAGAUGGAGAACAUCCAUCAUCAAGACCUGGGUCUUGGAGGAGUCACGGGCACUCCGUCUACUCCGUCCAGACAGGCAUGGAGCCGCGAUAAUCCGGGUUUCGAACCAGAGGAAGAGAUCAUGGAAGCAGACUGGCCUCAAGCUAGCCCCGGUAGGAGGUCAGUGUCCACGGCCUCCAGCAGCAGCUGCAGCAGCGGCCUGGGUAGCUUUAAUCGCGGGGAAAGCAGCACUGAAAUCCCUCAAGGAGGACUGUAUCCGACCCCGUCUCUUAAUGCCCAGCAGCAAGAACGACAUGGACAUCCCAGCUGUUUGAAGCAGAUACUCCAAAAAAUCAGAAUACUGUGGGGCACAGAGCUGAUGGAAGACAGUGACAGCAGCCGAGAAAGAUACCUCAGGAAUGUAAUGAGAGAGAUGCUCACUUACAUUGCAUUCCUCAUCACUAUUUGUAUCUUGACCUAUGGGAUGGUGAGUGCCAACAUGUACUAUUACACCAAAGUCAUGUCUCAGCUUUUCCUCGACACGCCACUUUCUGCCGGGGAUCCAACAACGUUCCGAAGCCUUUCCACAAUGGAAGAUUUCUGGAAGUUCACACAAGGGCCCUUCCUCAGUGGGAUGUACUGGGAAGUGUGGUACAACAAUAAGAGCUUGCCAGAGAAUCAGAGUCUUAUCUACUAUGAGAACCUUCUCCUCGGGGUGCCGCGGCUGCGGCAAGUCAAAGUCCGUAACGAGUCCUGCUUUGCCCAUGAGGAUCUUAGGGAUGAGGUACAGGACUGCUAUAACAUAUAUACUCCAAGCAACGAGGACACCGCCUCCUUCGGGCCUAACAAUGGAACAGCGUGGGUAUACACCACAGAGAGUGAAAUGAAUGGGAGCAGUCACUGGGGGCAGGUGUCUACAUAUGGAGGUGGAGGGUACUACCAGGACUUGUCUCGUACUAAAGAGGAGUCAGCCAUCCAGCUGGAGUUUCUCAAAGACCACCUGUGGCUGGACAGAGGCACAAGAGCAGUCUUUCUUGAUUUCUCUGUCUACAAUGGAAACAUAAACCUUUUCUGUAUUUCCAGGUUGUUGGUGGAGUUCCCUGCUACUGGUGGUGUGAUGACCUCCUGGCAGUUCCAAACAGUGCGUCUGAUAAGAUAUGUGUCCAGCUGGGACUACUUUGUGGGUGUGUGUGAAGUGACAUUCUGCCUGUUCAUCCUCUACUAUGUUGUGGAGGAGGUGUUAGAAAUCCACAUCCACCGGCUGCAUUACUUCAAGAGCCUGUGGAACUGUCUCGAUGUUCUCAUUGUCGUGUUGAGUGUUGUUGCAGUUAUUAUAAACAUAACUCGAACAGCCAUGGCUAGAAACCUGCUCAAAGGCCUGUUGGAGAACUACACCGCACACCCCAGCUUUGAGCCCCUGGCCAACCUACAGGUCCAGUUUAACAACAUGGCUGCAGUUAUUGUCUUUUUUGCUUGGGUCAAGCUUUUUAAAUUCAUCAACUUUAAUAAAACCAUGAGUCAGCUGUCCAGUACCAUGUGUCGCUGUGCCAAGGAUCUCGUGGGCUUUGCCAUUAUGUUCUUCAUUAUCUUCCUGGCGUAUGCUCAGCUGGCCUACCUGGUAUUUGGAACUCAAGUCAACGAUUUCAGCACUUUCCAAGCUAGCAUAUUUACCCAGUUCCGUAUCAUUCUGGGAGAUUUUAACUUCUCAGAGAUCGAGGAAGCAAAUCCAGUGCUUGGUCCUCUUUAUUUUACAACGUUUGUCUUCUUCAUUUUCUUUAUUCUCAUGAACAUGUUCCUGGCUAUUAUCAACGACACAUACUCUGAGGUGAAGGCUGACAUGUCUCAGCAGAGGUCUGAGAUGGAAAUGACAGACCUUAUUAAGAAGGGUUGUAACAAAGCUUUGAUGAAGUUGAGACUAAAGAAGACAGCAGUAGACGACAUCUCUGACAGUUUGCGCCAAGCAGGGGGAAAGCUGAAUUUUGAUGAACUCCGUCAGGAUCUGAAAGGAAAGGGCCACACAGAUGCAGAGAUUCAGGCCAUCUUUGCUAAAUAUGAUCAGGAUGGCGAUCCCGAGCUUUCGGAGCAUGAACACCAGCAAAUGAGAGAUGACCUGGAGAAAGAGAGAGAGGACUUGGAUCUGGAGCGCAAUUCGUUGACUCGACCCAGCAGUGGACGGAGCUUCCCUCGCACCCAGGACGACUCAGAGGAGGAUGAUGAUGAAGACAGCGGUCACAGUUCUCGUCGCCGUGGCAGCAGCUCAGGGGGUGUCUCCUAUGAGGAAUUUCAAGUGCUUGUGAGGCGUGUGGACAGGAUGGAGCACUCUAUUGGCAGCAUUGUGUCCAAAAUAGAUGCUGUGAUCGUGAAGCUGGAAGGAAUGGAGAGAGCUAAACUUAAAAGGAGGGAUGUGCUGGGCAGGCUGCUGGAUGGAGUUUUGGAGGAUGAGCGUUUGGGACGGGACACAGAUGCCCACAGGGAGCAGAUGGAGAGGCUUGUGAGGGAGGAACUGGAACGCUGGGAGUCCGAUGAUAUGGUCUCACAGGUCAGCCACCCUCAGCCGGCCACUCCCGUCGGCCCACGGCCUCGUCCUCCCUCCUCCCUGUCCACAGACGGCCUUGACAUGAGUACAAAUGGGAGCGCCCAUGUGUGAUGACUUGGCAUGCUAAAAAAAUUACUCCACUCUGGAAAAAAAUAUUAGAAAAAUUCCCUGCAGCAGCUCAAAAAACCUCAGAUGUGGGACAGUUUUUGCAAAAAAAAAAAAUAAAAAAAAAUAAACUGAAGAUGUUAACAUUACUUGACAUUUAA